AUUUGUUUUGACAUUUGCAAAAAAAAGUAAACUUGCCGAUGAAAAGGAUAGGAAAAUUAGAAGUUGCAUUCUAUUUGGAUAUCUUAAAUCAUAAACUUUUAACAGAAAGUUAUAUUUAAACAAAAUGCUUAAGGGUAUGGUUAGUUUAGUUACCGGUGGUGCUUCAGGUCUGGGUAAAGCCACAGUUGAGAGGUUCAUAAACCACGGCGGAAGAGUGGUUAUCCUCGAUCUUCAGGCCACAAGAGCAGAGCAAGUGGCUAAACAAUUUGGCAGUGAAGCUAUAGCUUGCCCAGGUUGUAUCACAUCCGAGGAUGAUGUGAAGAAAGCGCUCCAGCUGGCAAAAGACAAGUUUGGGCGGCUAGACACACUAGUCAACUGUGCUGGCCAUGUUGCCACGCACCAGAUAUACAACUUCAAUAAAGACAGACCAUGUGAGCUGGAAGGUUUCCAGAAAUGUGUUAAUAUAAAUACAAUAGGCACUUUCAAUGUAACCCGCCUGGCUGUGGGACUGAUGGGUCAGAACAAGCCCAAUGAGCAGGGACAAAGGGGGGUGGUCGUCAACACAGCUUCCACAAUAGCAUAUGAAGGUGAUAUAGGGCAGGCCGCCAUCGCCGCUUCCACAGCUGCCAUCGUGGGCAUGACGUUACCCAUAGCCAGGGAUCUGGCGCCCAGAGGGAUCAGGGUGGUCACUAUCGCUGCUGGUAUUUUCGACACUCCCCUAGUCUCAUACUUACCAGAGAAAAUGGUAGAGUUCCUCAAACGUAUGACUCCAUUCCCCUCAAGAUUAGGCAAGCCGGAAGAGUUCGCACACCUAGUAUCGAGUAUCGUUGAAAACCCGAUGUUGAACGGCGAGGUCAUACGAUUAGACGGAGCGCAAAGGUGGUUCCCCCUGUAAUAUUAAGUAUAUUGAAACGGUUCACUCAUGUAUUUCAAGUCUUCUUGGAUCUUCAAUGGGGCGCCGGCAGCCCAUGUCGACCAACCAUUGCGAGCAAUCUUAGACUUAAAAUACGCGAAUACCGUUUUAAUAUGCAUAUUUAGUAUGUCGGUUCCCCUUGUAAUAUUAGGCCAAAGUUAUUUUUAAGUUUGUAGAAAUAAAUAUUGUAGAUAUUA